CCAUGGAACGGUGAGGGAGCUUCGGCGCUCCUCACUGAGGCAAGAACGCAAGGCCCGGCCUGCCUGGCAGGUCACCUCCAUCUGCGUGCAACUCGGGGGCACAGCGGGACCCUGCAGCCCCUCAGAGCAGCAGCAGCCGCCGGGAGAAGGGGCGGGGACAGCCCUGGGCCUCCUGCCGGUCCUGGGGCCCACGGCGGCAGCGGAACGCAACUGCGGGCGCAGGUUUGCGGAGGGCCGGUUUGAGCCGAGCGCAGCACCGCGCGAAGGGCGGCGGCGAGCCCGAGUCGCGGUGCCGGCAUGAAGGAGCUGGCCCCCGCCGGGAAGAUGGAAUGCGACAUUUUGGACGCCCUGGAGGCCCUGGGGUACACUGGUCCUCUGCUGGAGGAGGGAGCCCUGAACAAAGCAGCAGAAAAUGGAUUGUCUUCACCAGAGUUUUUUGAACUUUGUGUUUGGUUAAGUUCCCAAAUAAAGUCACUUUGUAAUAUGGAAGAAAGCAUCACUGCAGCAGAUGGUGAUAAAGAUAUAGAGAGCUUCCAACUUGAGAUUAGUGGCUUUCUGAGAGAAAUGGCUUGUCCGUAUUCAUCACUUAUAUCUGGAGACAUCAAGGACAGAUUAAGAGAAAAAGAAGAUUGUCUUAAACUUCUCUUAUUUCUAAGUACAGAACUUCAGGCUUUAAAGAUACUGCACAGCAAGAAAAUGAAAGGCUCUCAUUUGGAAAAACACAAUGAAAUUUAUCAGGAAGUGCAAGCUAUUUGUGAUGCACUGGGCCUGCCAAACUCCUCAUCUUCUGAAAUUCCUCCCUUGUUAACCAUUGUGGAACAAAAGAUAAAGGACAUUCUCUCAAAAGUUCAAAAUAACCAUGUGGGAAAGUCACUACUAACAAAACCUCUGAAUUCUGAACAAGUGGAAAGACUGGAAAAAAUCAAUGAUGCUCUUCAGAGUGAGUAUGAAUGUCGCCGACGCAUGUUAAUGAAGAGGCUGGAUGUGACAAUACAGUCUUUUGGCUGGUCUGAUAGAGCAAAGGUAAAAACAGAUGAUAUAGCACGAAUCUAUCAGCCCAAGCGCUAUGCAUUAUCUCCAAAGUCAACUAUCACGUUAGCUCACCUUCUUGCUGCUCGAGAAGAUUUGUCAAAGAUCAUGAGAACAAGUAGUGGAUCAACACGAGAAAAUACAGUCUGUGCAAUCAACAAGGUUCUGAUGGGGAGGGUACCUGACCGUGGAGGCAGACCAACAGAGAUUGAACCACCUCCUCCUGAAAUGCCACCUUGGCAAAAGAGACAAGACGGUGGUGGAAGAGGUGCCUGGGGAGGUGGAGGUGGGGGUGGAAGGGGCAACUGGGGGGGCGGAGGGUGUAGAGGAGGAGGAGGUGGGGGGGGCUUUGGUGGUGGGGGAGGGUUUGGAGGUGGGGGAGGGUUUGGAGGUGGGGGUUUCAGGGGUGGUGGAAGAGGUGGAGGUGGCUUCCAGAGUGGCAGGGGCGGUUAUGGUGGCAGGGGAGGCUAUGGUGAUCCUUAUGGCAGCAGAGGAGGGGGAGGAUACCGAAGAUACUGAAAUACUGUAAAUAUUAACAGUAAUUGGCAAAAUACAGUGGUGGUGUUUACUGGUGUCAGGAAUUUAGAUACGUUAACUUGGGUUUAGUUUAGAAUGAAGUAUUAACAUUAGACCAACUGAUGUUGUCAUUGAAUUCAUUUAGUUAGCUGAACAGAACUUUUAUACUAAACUGUGAUGACUAAAGUCCUUUUUUUUCAUACUGUUCAUAUGGUGUUUUUAAUGUAAUUUUAUUUAAAAUAAGCCUCAGAAAACUGAAUAAAACUCUUUCUAAACAAACAAAUGUUAUUUAAUGUUCAAGCUUCUCAAAUUAUUGCAUGUCACAUGUCCACUCCCCUGAUCCAAAGUUCUGUGUAGAAAUAUCAAAAUAGGCCUAAGAACCUGAUGGAAACACUUGAAAAACUAGAAUGCUGCUUUCAGGCUUCAUCUACUUUUCAUAUGGGACAUCUAAAUGAAUUUUCAUGUCAAAUGGUGAAAUCCUUAAGGCUUUGGUCAAAAUUAUUCUGUUGGGUUUCUUAUUCUUCCAGAAUUCAUGUAAAAGAGCAUUCUGAAUUGAUACUCUGCAGAAACAAAUAAAAUCGGGCUGUUUAGUGUGUUAAUAACUAUAUUAGAGAGGUGUAGGUCAGAGCAUGUACCAUAAACUUAAGAAACGUGGUGAGUUUUGAUAGUGUCUAUUUUCAUUUUACCCAUUUUCCAUUUUAUUGUUAUUUCAUAAAAAUAUUUUAAGGUUAGAUUGGGCAGGAAACUUCUGCAAGCAUCAUAUCUGGUAAGAGCUCAUUUAUGUAUGCCUUCUGAAUUAGCCUUGAGACAUAGAUGUCAAAUAAGCUGAGCUUCUUGAGAAGACUUUUCAUUCCGGUUUUCAGGUUUUUUUCUCCUCUCUUUUGUUUUGUUUGGGGUUUUUGGUUUUUCCUUCCUCACUUGCUCUGUGUUUGGGAAACAUCAAUUGUACAGCUAAGACAUCUUAUACAGCAGUUGCCCUUCCUCAGUGACUCCCUUACUCUGCCAACCGAUUAGCCUGAUAACCUGAAAGAAAUUUUGUCUUGAUAUCGUAUGUGUGCCUUCUCCCUCACAGACAAUGUUACACUAGAAAUAAGGAGUAAACUUUCUUACAAUUACAGCUGUAAAUACAUGUAGGCAAGAAUUAAGUUUAGAGCUGUCAGUUAAAGAGAAGGGCAGUUUCUGUCGUCCAGCAUCUUUUAGAUCUCCUCUACUGUGAGGCCACUCCUGAGUACAGAGUGCAACAGGGAGAUGAUGCCCAAGUGUACACUCGUGACAGUAUUCAGGGGCAUGUUAUUAUAGAGAUAUUCAGGAAGGCAUCUGGUAAACGUGGGGAUGUCUGUGGAUUUUGUAGCACAGAAACCUUGAGGCACUUUGAGUAUGGCUUCUCUGCAGGUUGGCUUAGCUGCAGGUUGAACUUUAGGAUUUCAUUCUGCUUUUAUGUUCCACAGUUACAAGUUCUUUCUGCCCAAAUUUCCUAUUGCUGUCCAUAUCCGGUUUGCAUGACAGAUGUUAUUUUACCUUCAGGAACAUGUGCAGCAUGCCCUGUUUCAUUGGCAGCUUUAUAUGUGAAUAUGAAGCUCUGUUCAAAAUCAAAUUAUCAUCUCUAAAAAGCGUGUGUCACAUUUUGUUAAUAAGCCAUCACCAACCUUUUAAUUUAAAAUUUUAAUCUAGAUAUAUGGCAAAAGUUUCUCUCCAUUAUUUCCUCUUUGUUCGUAGUCUGAGAAUGCUGCUUGUGAAAGGAUAGAUAAGGACUUACUUACCCAUACUUUAGGGUCCAGGCAGGUACCUAACAAAGAAGAGCAGGAGUCUUCCUUCCUUGAACAUGUUAGCUUGGAUGUGAACUCUUAAAAUAAUGGCUUAACUUCAGUCAGUUGCUACCAAUACAGUUCCUUUGCCAGUUUUCUUCUACACUCCUUUCUGGCCUACACCCUUGUCAGCCUCUGCAGUCAUUAUGGAGACACCCCAAAGGUUGUGUUGGAGCAAACUACUGGGGUUUGUGCUCUUGAGCCUGGUUUUUGCUGAAUGCUCUGCAGUAGCUCACAGAUCGGUGACACACCAAGUGAGGCUGCUGGCCGUGGAGGUGAAGUGUUGGUCAGCAGAGGAGUGGAGGGAGGAGUUUCUAACAACUGAAGCCUUGAUAUAAAAUUCUGUUUGCUCAUCCCAAUGUAGUGUUUUGGUACGAGUAAUUUCUGAACAGCAGUCAAGCAUUUAGCUUCGCCAUGGAAGCAUGUUAGGAAAAUCAAGUGGCUUAUCUACACCUAAAGAUUCCGUCAGUCUUAAGAUGUGGAGAUGGGCUGGUUUUAGUUCAAUAGAUGUAAUUGUAUGUGGAUGUGUCUUGAUGCCUUUACACUCAUUGGUUUAUCCUGUUUGUCAAGAGCAGGGUGGUUCUGAAUGAAGUAAACCAUCAAGUGAACCAACUAUAUGCCUACGUGUAAUUCUAACAGUUAAAUUAUUUUAAUACCAUAUUUCAGUUUUCUUUAUGUAGGCUAUGUAGAAAAUGGGAAUUUGAAUAGGUUGGAGAUUUUGUUUUGUUUUUUUAAUCUGGCAAUUUCAGUCUCUCUUUAAGCAAUUCCAAAAUGUGAAGCCAGUAGUUGAAAACUAAAGUAAGCACCACUACAUUUCAUCGAGGUAUCCUUUCUGUCCUCUGGUGUCAGAAUGUAUGCUUUUAAUUUAUCAAAAAAUGCAAUAAUACCAUGAAAAUAAUUGAUUUAAACCUGUUCUCAAAUUUUGUAUGUUUUUCUUGAAAAAAAGUAUUUUCAAAAAUUCUGUUGCAAGCAAAAGAUUUUCAUAUAUAUGUUUGUAAGCAUUUUUGUGUUUAUUCAUGUGUAGUGAAUAUCUACCUGGGUAUUGUUUUGUUUGCUCAAGAGUUGAAAAAUGGGGUGGGGAAUUUUUCAGGAUUUGAGACACUUUUGUUAGCAGCUGUAAACACUGAGGAAUAAAGUACUGUAUUUGAGGUUA